UCCAUAUCACCGUCUUCAGAAAAAGAGGAUCUCAUCCAGAAAUCAGAAUAUAAGCGAUCUGGCAGGGAGCAUGGUGUAGUCAGUGUGUGCUGUCUCAGGCCGGGUGUGUGGAGUCCCGUGCUGACCGGAGAGGCUGCUCCUAGUCACUGGGAGCUGUUGCGCUGAGCCUUCUCUUCCUGUGUCUCCCAGAAACAACCUGUGUCUGGAGGUAGAAGGUAGGAUCAGGAGCAGCCCAGCCAAAGCUCCAAGGCUGAGGCCCCUGGGGAUCCUUUCUGGCUAAUAUCCUUCCCGGGGAGAGGAAAGCCCGGAUCCUCAAGGGUCCCGAGAUGCCCCACUCCAGCUUGCACCCAUCCAUCCCUCGGCCCAGGAGUCACAAGGCCAAGAUAGCAGCCGCUGUCCUGCUGAUUGCCUGUCUGGCAGCCUUUUGGGUCUUGGGGGAGUCGCCAAAACACAUUCUCCAGUGUCUGUUGCUCCACCUGGCCUCCCUGCAGCUGGGACUGUUGUUCAAGCGAGUCUGCAGUCUGGUCGAGGAGCUAUGCCACGUCCAUUCCAGGUACCAGGGAAGCUACCGGAGGGCUGUGAGGGCCUGUCUGGGAAGCCCCAUCUGCUUUGGGGUCCUGGUCCUGCUGUCCUGGUAUUUCUAUGACCCUCUUCCAAACGAAGCUGGCUCGCCCUUCAUUUGGAUGCUUCCCCUCCUGGGCCUCUCAGAGGCACUGAGCAUCAUCCUGGACCUCCAGGGCCUGGCCCCAGCUGAGAUCUCCACAGUCUGUGAACAAAGGAACUUCAACGUGGCCCAUGGGCUGGCAUGGUCAUUUUAUAUCGGGUACCUGCGGCUGGUCCUACCAGGGCUUCCGACCCGGAUCCAGAGUUACAAUCAGUCCCACAACAAUAUCCUACGAGGCGCAGCAAGCCAUCGGCUAUACAUCCUCUUCCCAUUGGACUGUGGGGUGCCUGAUGACCUGAGUGUGGUUGACCCCAACAUUCGCCUCCUGGAUGAGCUGCCCCCGCAACUCAUUGACCGUGCUGGCAUCAAGGCCCGGGUUUACAAAAACAGCAUCUAUGAGCUUCUGGAGAACGGGAAGCUGGUGGGCACCUGCGUUCUGGAGUAUGCCACCCCCUUGAAGACCCUGUUUGCCAUGUCACAGGAUAGCCGAGCUGGCUUCAGUCGGCAAGAUCGGCUUGAGCAGGCUAAACUCUUCUGCCGGACACUUGAGGACAUCCUGGCAGAUGCCCCUGAGUGUCAGAACAACUGUCGCUUCAUUGUCUACCAGGAACCGGAAGAGGAAAGCAGCUUCUCCCUGUCACAGGAGAUUCUCAGGCACCUGCAGCAGGAGGAAAAGGAGGAGGUUACUGUGGGUAGUGUGGGGACUUCGGUGGUGCCUGACUCUUCCACACUGAACCAAGAGCCUCAGCUCCUCAUCAGUGAAAUGGAUAAGCCUCUCCCACUCCGCACGGAUAUCUUCUGAGGGCCACGGUCACCUUGCCUGAUGCCCCAGCGAUCCCCAAGACUCCGGACUGAGGGCUUUCUUUAGGGGCUAGAUGCCCAGCAAAACUGUUUCUUCCCACAGGGGGACCUCUCAAAGAAGUCACGGGGACUUGACAUCUCAAGAUGAGUCCUAUGACCUCGGGCAAGUUGUUUUACAUGAGCCUCAGUGUCCUCAUCUAUGAAAUGGGAUCAUAAUAAUUGCCCUACCUACCUCACAGGGUUGUUGUGAGGACAAUGACUGCAUAGAUGUUUCUUGUAAACUCUAAUUGCCAGGUAAACUUAAGGAAUGUGCCAGGUGUCUUCCAUUGGA